ACAGGUGCCUCCGCCGUGCCGCGCGUUGCCUUCCUGCGCGCGGUCCCGGGCACCAGGCCUUCACGGCUCCUCUCCCGCCUCACACUCGGCCCCCCCACCGCCCCGCCAAAUGCAGGCCGCCGCCGUCCUCCCCGAGGAGAUCCGUUGGCUCCUGGCAGAUGCUGAGGAGUUUCUAGCAGAAGAUUUGAGGAAUGAGAACCUCAGUGCUGUUGCAAGGGACCACAGAGACCACAUUCUUCGGGGCUUUCAGCAAAUCAAAACUAGAUACUACUGGGAUUUUCAGCCCCAAGGGGGAGACCAAGCUGAAAAUUACCUUGGACAGGACAGCUCCGAUGAUAAUCACAGUGGAACUCAUGGCCCUUCUCUCACACCAGAUGCGCUGUUUUUGCCAGAUUAUCAGGAUGAAGGAAUGGAAGACAUCACAAGAGGAGCUCAAGAGCUUGAUAACGUCAUCAAGCAAGGAUACUUGGAGAAGAAAAGUAAAGAUCAUAGUUUCUUUGGAUCCGAGUGGCAGAAGAGAUGGUGUGUUGUCAGCAGAGGCCUCUUCUACUACUAUGCUAAUGAGAAAAGCAAGCAGCCCAAAGGGACCUUUCCCAUUAAGGGCUACAGUGUACGGAUGGCCCCCUACCUGCGAAAAGAUUCCAAGAAAGAAUCCUGCUUUGAACUGACCUCCCAGGACAGACGCAGCUAUGAGUUUACAGCCACUAAUCCUGCUGAAGCCAGAGACUGGGUGGAUCAAAUAAGUUUCUUAUUAAAGGAUCUGAGUUCCUUAACCAUCCCAUGUGAUGACGAGGAAGAGGAGGAAGAAGAGGAAGAGAUGUAUGACGAUAUUGAUGGUCUUGACUCCCAGAAUUCUGGCCCCCAAUGCAAACGCAUUUCCUUGCCUGGGAGUAUGGGGCUAAAGCAGCCCUCAGAGGAGAAAGAAGAAGAGGAUAUUUAUGAAGUCUUACCAGAUGACGAGCUCAACCUAGAAGAGGAGGAGAGUGGCACUGGACAAAAAGGAGCGGACUAUGCCAGUUAUUACCAGGGCCUAUGGGAUUGCUGUGGUGACCAGCCAGAUGAACUCUCCUUCCAACGGGGUGACCUCAUCCGCAUUCUGAGCAAGGAGUACAACAUGUAUGGCUGGUGGGUAGGAGAACGAAACAGCCUUGUUGGGAUUGUUCCAAAGGAGUAUCUCACAACUGCCUUUGAAGUAGAAGAAAGAUGAAGCCCAGGACAUAUAUCCUUCUCUCUAUCCUGCUUUUAUGAAGAAACUGAUCACCAAGAGCUCCCACUCCCUGCCCCCGCCACCCCACCAACACCACGGACUCUUCACUGAAGAGACACACGUCUCUGACACCCGUAGCACCUGUAAACUGCCAAUACCUGUAGCACCUGUAAAUUGCCAAUAAGACAAGUGGGAAGAGGCCUAUUCAGCAUACCUGGUACUAAACCUGCCUUGUCAUAGCUUAUUGCAUCUCUAAACAUGUCCACACAGCCACUCUGCACUCUCCACAGGCUUGUCACAGAGAAGGUGAGAGAGAAGGAAACCUUUGGAGAAGGAAGCUGCUGGUUGUUUUGACUGAUUUUAAAAGCACAAAUAAAUUCAGAUUUGGUUCCUUGCCACGUGUAAUGGUGUUGAGUUUCUUUUUGUAAUGGUAUCAAAAUGCUAGUUCUGGGCAUUCUUGCCAACUCCAAACCAAGUAGGAAGGGACAGCCAGACAGAAAAC